CCGUUUAUACUUAAGAAAUAUUACUUCAUUCCGAAAUGAAUCGGGAUUGAACGGCUGGGUGUAAACUAAGUCAAUGACGUCAUAGAAUUCAAGGCAGUACUUUCGUAGUGCACUGCUCUCUAUAUCGGAACGUUAUUCGUAGUACUGAUAGUACUCGGAGUGAAUAAAGGAACGCACCUCCAGGCUACUAUCGAAGUGUCUUAUCCCAUGGUGGAUAGCAAACGGUGUGUGUUCGGUGUUCGAUUGUUUAGUGUGAAAUAUCCGUGAAUUGUAGGACGUCGCAUUAACCGAUCACUACAACUCUUCGAGGGAAGCAGAACCAUAUCUCCUCUCAAUUCUACUUGAAACUUUAGUAUCCACGCAACAUGACCAAGAACGUAACGAGAAAACCGAUGGAGAAUGGCGACAGCCGCGGGUCUCAUGGCCAGGCCUAUAAGGACAAGAGUAAACCUAUGGAUAUUCGUAGUAGCAACAUCAACGCUGCCAAAGCUGUCAGUGAUGCGAUUCGCACAAGUCUUGGACCUAGGGGAAUGGACAAAAUGAUUCAAGCAAGUAAUGGAGAAGUUACUAUCACUAAUGAUGGUGCCACUAUCUUGAAAGAGAUGAAUGUGAUCCACCCUGCAGCAAAAAUGCUUGUUGAGUUAUCAAAGGCACAAGAUAUAGAGGCUGGUGAUGGUACCACAAGUGUUGUUGUGAUAGCUGGAUCAUUGUUAGAAGCAGCUGAACGUUUGCUGCAAAAGGGUAUUCAUCCCACUUUGAUCAGCGAUGCUUUUCAAAAAGCAGCAUCUAAUUCAGUAUCAAUUUUGACGCAUAUGUCCAUACCUGUUGACCUAACAGAUAAAGAAUCUCUUGUAAAAGUUGCAGCAACAUCUCUUAAUUCCAAGGUUGUGCAUCAACAAUCUAGUCUUCUUGCACCACUUGCCGUGGACGCAGUAUUAAAGGUUACAGAAGAAGGAAAGGAAGCAUCAGUCGACUUAAAUGAUAUUAAAGUAAUAAAGAAAUUAGGAGGCACUGUCGAAGAUACUGAAUUAGUAGAUGGAUUAAUAUUUACCCAGAAAUCUUGUAAUGUUAAUGGUCCGAAACGUAUUGAAAAAGCUAAAAUUGGGUUAAUUCAAUUCUGUAUUUCACCACCGAAAACCGAUAUGGAUCAUAAUGUUGUUGUAUCUGAUUAUGCAGCAAUGGAUCGUGUCUUAAAGGAAGAACGUGCUUACAUAUUGAAUAUUAUAAAACAAAUCAAGAAAGCCGGUUGCAAUGUACUUCUCGUGCAAAAAUCGGUUUUGCGUGACGCUGUUAACGAUCUUGCGAUACAUUUCUUAGACAAAAUUAAAGUUAUGGUAAUAAAAGAUGUGGAGCGCGAGGAUAUUCCUUUUGUGUGUAAAACAUUAGGUUGCAGGCCAAUCGCGUCGUUAGAUCAUUUCGUUCCUGAAAAUCUUGUCAACGCAGAGCUCUGCGAAGAAGUUCAAACCGGAAAUUCUAAAUUUGUUAAGAUAACAGGGAUUCAGAAUCACGGAAAAACAGUUACGGUUCUUGUACGUGGCAGUAACAAGUUGGUUUUGGAAGAAGCUGAGAGAUCGCUGCAUGAUGCCCUGUGUGUUAUUCGGUGUUUAGUGAAGCAAAGAGCACUGAUUGCUGGUGGUGGAGCACCAGAGAUUGAAUUGGCUUUAAAAUUGGGAGAAUACGCUGUAACCUUGGGUGGAGUUGAUGCAUACUGCAUCAAGGCCUUUGCAAAUGCUCUUGAAGUAAUUCCAUCGACAUUGGCCGAAAACGCUGGUUUGAAUCCGAUAGCUACAGUAACCGAACUUCGCAACCGACAUGCAAAAGGUGAAGUAACAGCAGGGAUUAACGUCCGAAAAGGCGCUAUCACUAAUAUAUUGGAGGAGAACGUGAUUCAACCGUUACUAGUUUCUAUCAGUUCAAUAACUCUCGCUUCCGAAACUGUACGCAGUAUACUGAAGAUCGAUGAUAUUGUCAAUACAAAUCAUUAAAUCAUCAAAUCAUCAGAUGCGAUUUAAAAUUGAUUUCAUAUUUGCAAUUUAUAUACACGUUUAUUACAUUUGUUACAAAAGCCUAUACAUUAACAAUGAAAAUGAAAAUCGUAUAUGCUUUUUACAUAAUGUAAUAUUUUUUAAACACAUUAACACUGAGUAAUAAAAAAAUGUAUGAUAUUGACAACAUGAAACAAUAACUUGUUUUUAUUUCAUAAUAUGAAUAUUGGAGGGUAUAAAAUGAUUAAAAUUUAUCUUAUAGUAGAAAAAUCUGCACAUUUUCGUUCACAAUUUGUUAUUGAAAUAAAGAAGAAGUAAAUCUAA